GAAGGAAUAAUUACACGAUCAGGGACAGACGCAGAGGCAGACAGACAGAUAGAUAUACCUAUCUUUAGCAUGAGAAAGAAUUAAAACUCGAUAAAUGCAUAUAUAAACACACACACGCACGCAUACACGCGUACACACACACAUACACACAUUCUCCCACACCACACAGCAUGACACACACACACACACACACACACGGAUACACGCAUAAGCCGAUAUGGCAUAGAACGCCGAGCAUAUAAACACACACACACGCAUACACGCGUACACACACACAUACACACAUUCUCCCACACCACACGACACACACACACACACACGGAUACACGAAUAAGGGGAUAUGGCAUAGAAAGCCGAGCAUCGGCAAGUUUGUUGGAGUUACCCCAGACCGACAGAGAGAGAGAGGUCAGCUAGAUUAGUUACUGCUGCCCGCGUCAGUGUGCGUGCACUUGGCCUGAAGAGAGAACAGUUAUAAUAUGGGAAGUAUCAUCAAGUAUCAUCUGCCACUAAUUUCACCUCAUUGUUUUUCCUUCAGUCAAGUCUUCGUGGGAGGAACACUUUUGGGGGUCACCUUUUGUUCGGUUCUUGGCAGUAUUUUUGUUGUUGCUGUUCGGUCAUUAAUGUUGCUCUUCAAGUCGACAUGUUUUUUUUUAUUUUGUUCUUGGUUGUAAUUUAACAGACAAAUAAACGAAGAGGCUGGAACUUUCUGUAUGUUGAUAUGUAUGACGGUAUGAGUGUCAGGCUUCUUAAUUAUUCUUACCUUCACAGUUCAAGUAUGUUUUUUUUCUUUUUCUUUUUUGGUAUUUCGUUGGGGAUAUACCCCAAUGGAGGAAGGUGGAACAUGCCGCCCAAUCCCCCAGACGGCCGGUAGAGAGAUACCCAAUUAUUUCAAGGAGGAGACCCAACAACGGGGCUGAGGGUAUCGGAAAGAGCCCACCUCUCCACCCCCAUGGUAACUGAUAGGUCUCGAACCCAUACGCUCCAGGCACCCCGCCGAAGCGCAAGGCCGAGACUCUACCACGGGACCACGGGAGCCCCCCUUCAAGUAUGUUAACAACGAUACGAACCAUCGCACUGCUCGUUAGUGGCCGCUACCACGGGUCACGAGUGGAAAGUCAACAACCAGUGUCGCGGGACCAUGCUGGCGAGUGGCGAUAUCAGUAUCAAUGGAAGGGAGACUGUUUCACGGCCUCAACCUCCUGUGUGAUGGGAGCCGCCGCCCCGCUAUGAUGCACACGCGGGAAUACCCCGUGCUGGAACUGUGUGCCGAUAGUUUUAAUGUGCCCUGCGUGCCGACGCGGCGUGGGCUGGCUGCCUUCUUGCGCGUCGGUGGCGAGGUAGCGGUCGGCGACAGCCAUGUGGAGCCGCCCAUGGGUCCCACCAUGCUCCCGCGCGUGGCGCCGCGGCAGCAGGAGCCUGACUACCUGUACUUCGGCGACGACGAGGAGCACAUCUACGAGGAGAUCCCCGACCCUCGAAUCUACCAAGAGAUCCCCGAGCUUCCACCCAGCCGAGAAUACGAAAAUGCAGACUCCGAUGAUGGUACUUACCUCACCCCGAGGUGCGUCCCCACGGGCAUAACCUCAGGGCAUCCACCCAGCCGCGAGAACGAAAAUGCAGACUCCGAUGAUGGUACUUACCUAGCCCCGAGGUGCGCCCCCACGGGCAUAACCUCAGGGCAUCCACCCAGCCGCGAGAACGAAAAUGCAGACUCCGAUGAUGGUACUUACCUAGCCCCGAGGUGCGCCCCCACGGGCAUAACCUCAGGGCAUCCACCCAGCCGAGAGUACGAAAAUGCAGACUCCGAUGAUGGUACUUACCUAGCCCCGAGGUGCGCCCCCACGGGCAUAACCUCAGGGCAUCCACCCAGCCGCGAGUACGAAAAUGCAGACUCCGAUGAUGGUACUUACCUAGCCCCGAGAUGCGUCCCCACGGGCACACCCUCAGGGAUCACAGAGGGCUGA